CUAUUAAUCUAUAACUAACCAGGCUGUCCUUUAAUGCUUGUCACAAUUUUAAAAUGCCACAUUCAGAUGUCAUGUUAUAUUUUUGUUUGCAGAGGUAAGUAUAAAUGCCCACAUCUGUAAGAAGAAAUCUCAAGAUUGACUUUUUACUGAGGCAUUUCUCAACAAAAUGCGUAAUAUAAAGCUUUAUAUUAUGUAAAAGGUGUAGUAGAAGUAGUAGCCUAGUCUACUGUAGUAGUGCAUAUUCCAGAAACCAUCUGACACACCGUUAACACAUUCAUAAUAGAACACUGAUAUGAUUCAUUAUCAUUUACAAACAAACACGUAUAAAGCCUGUAUUGUUGUAGUUUUAUAUCCAUGACUUUUACUUCCUCAGCUACUGUGUCUGUUGUAGUCACGUGGUUGUUCAGUCAGAGAGAGAAGUCCAUGUAGGAUAUAUAUAUUCAGUAUCUUUACCUUACCCGUGUUUAACUUGUCAGUAAACACGUUUUCAAGGUCUCACUACCAGUGACAGAGAGCUUUUCGAUCGGUUUGCUCUUCAAAUUGAACUUUAGUCUAAAGUGCAGUCCUUCAGCUGCGCACAUGUGGCUCGGAUUUGUUUGCCAGCGGACUUUCAGCGAUUUAAGGAGAAAACAUGCCGCACUGGACUGAAAUGAAGAAAGAUGAGCUCGAGAGGCAGUAUUCACCCAGCUGGUGGUCGCACAGGAUGUCGGCAGACGACGUGAUCAAGGCUCACGUGAAGGCUUUAAAGGAAGGUACGGAGCGUGCCCGUGGUCUGGCUCAAACGUUGCUCAACGUGCCAUAUGGGGAGGGAGAUGGAGAGAAACUGGAUGUGUACAUACCCAGCACCAACUCUUUGGACGUCCACCUUGUUAUUUACCUUCAUGGAGGCUACUGGCAGUUUCUCAGCAAGGAGGAGUCAGGAUUCAUGGCUGUUCCACUCGUUGAUAAAGGCGUAGUGGUGGUUGCCGUCGGCUAUGACAUAGCCCCCAAAGGCAACAUGGAUCUGAUGGUGUCUCAAGUACGCCGGAGUGUUGUGUCUGUUGUCCAGCAGUAUUCCCACAUCAGUGGCCUCUACCUGUGUGGCCACUCUGCUGGGGCUCACCUGGCUGCAAUGGUCCUCUCCACUGACUGGUCGCAGUACAGCAUCACUCCUCAGAUCAAAGGUGCUUUCCUUGUCAGUGGCAUAUAUGACCUCCUGCCCAUCCUGUCCACCUACGUCAACGAGCCUUUGAAGAUGACAGAGGAGGUGGCGGUGAGGAACAGCCCCAGCAAGCUGGUCCCUCAGCUCAAACUCUCCUCCUCCAGCUGCCGCAUCAUUGUAGCCGUCGCUGAGAACGACUCGCUGGAGUUUCGCAAGCAGUCAGAAGAAUACUACAAAACUUUAGAGGCGUCAGGACUUGAUGUGAUCCUGGAGGAUGUGGCGACCACAGACCACUUCAGUAUCAUCGAGCAACUGGUAGAUGGGGAGUAUCACCUAACAAAGCUUCUCUUGAAGACGAUGGGGAAGAGCUAAGGCGGCAGUCUUUGUCCCAUUAUCUAAUGUCAACAUACCUCUGUAUAAACAUACACAUCUGAACAGAGUCAUCGUGCACUGAUACUGAUAAUAUAUGCAUUAUUUCAGGUUUGUACAAUGGUAAAUGUACAAUUUCUAUCAUUUUGAUUGAUCAACAUUGAGGUGGCAUGGAUUGUUUUUGACUGUUUAGCUUCUUGUAUCAUUACCUCUUUGUUCACUGUAGAUACUACUGUCAGAAAACUGUGUUAAGAAAACAUUGUGUGCCUAAAAACCGAGUCACUUCAAGGAUGGUGAUUGUAGCAAAUUCUAUAACUGUUAAACCUGCUCAUAUCCAGUUGUAAACAGAUUAUUUAACUACCAUAGUGCACAAUGUUAUCAUCAUGAAGUACUGUUCCACCAGCACACGCCACAGAGUUGUAGAGUUCAUGAUUAGUUUUGGCAUAUUAACAGUAUUUUGUAAAAUGGUGGGUCUGUUUGUUUUUUGUAUUCUUUUUCUUUCUUGUGACAAUCUGUACCACAACCUAAAGUCCAUGGGUAGGACAAGACUAGAAACUCAUGCCAAGAGUGCUGAUGUACCAUAAAAAGUUAAUGUAGCUUCUUAUUUUAAACUACACAAUACUGAUAUCUCACCCAGUGAACUUUAAUGAACACUAUAUAUUUGCACUGUUUAUUUGAGCCUAAUAUUUAAAUACACAUUAUACACAAUACACAAUUUACCUGAUGCACGUUGUUACUGCGCUCAUUCUAGCAUCUUAAAUAAUUGUUUAGAUUAUUGUUUACACAAAAUGUUUUAUUAAUCAUGACUGUAGAUUAUAAAGAGAAUCAUCACAAUAAAUAUCUAUAUUUGAGAAUCCA